UUAAAUUUUUUCCCUUCUUAUAUUUUUUUUCUCCCUCAAAAUUCCUACUUUUCCUAGUUAAGCUAUUGUUUUCUUGUUACAGACUAACAGAAAUCACAAGUUCCGUUCUGAGUGAUCCAGUUUUUGUCGAAGCCCGCAGAACGAAGCCAAAAAUCAUAAAGGAUGACGGAAAGCAGCCGCGAAGCGAGGCGACGUCGUAUACUUGAAAGAGGAAACGACCGUCUUGCCCUAAUCACCGGCCAAAUCCGGAACCUUCCGUCUGAUUCCGGUUCCAAUCCACCCCAAUCGGACAGCCUCGCCGGUGACCUUUCUUCUCCGCCGUCCACUAUUCAAGCUCAAUUACCUUCCUCACCUCCUCCUACCCUCGAUUCUCCACACAGAGAUGAUAAAACCUCAGGUCCAUUGCUGCCUAAUCCAAACUCUGUUCCCGAAAAUAGCCAACAAAAAUCCAGUGAUGAUAGAGCUGAAUCUUUAAUAAGCAGUUCUGAUAGUAUUACAAGACCCGCUGAUCUAUUAUCCCGUGAUCAUGAUGGUGAAGGCUCGUCAAUUCAACAAAAUCUUCGUGAUUCCAGGUCUUAUAAGGACCAACAUCUCGGAAUACUUACCCAUCUUCAUAACCUUUUCUCUUUUAGUGAAGUUAAAUCAGCAAUCUCUGCAUCUGAGAGUACUCGCAUGGUAUGUUCAGUUGCAGUUGCCCUUUUGGUGGUGUUAGCUAAUGUGGGGUUCCCAGUUCUGGGUAGCCGUCUUGUUAAAAGCGUCAUAUUCUUCAGACCUCUUUAUUUGCUUCUGUUGACCAAUAUAACAAUUGUUAUAGCACUAUUGCUAGAGAAACAAAGAGGUUUACCGAGACCUGAGCGCCAGACAACUGGCAAUCGCUCGACUGGUGAGCAGGGCUUGGUUGAUCAACUUGGUGCCGCUUUGGAGUUGGGGUUAUUUAUCUCUAAUGUCACAGGUGCGCUGUUGAUGGAUGGUAGCAUCUAUGCUAUAGCACUUGUUUGUGGCUUUUCCCUGGCCAAAUGUAUUGGCUUCUGAAUUUUCUCUUGUUUAAUUAGUUGUCAUUGAUUCGGAAAUGAGUGUAAUGUAUGAGCUCGUAUCCGUUUUGGAUUCAUUCUUUGAGAUUGUUGAGGCGGUAGGGUUUUGCUUUGAUGACACUAUCAUGAAAGAAUAGUUUGUACUUACCUUUCCAGUAAUUUUUUCAUCAGUAUAUUUGUUGUACUUAUUGCCUCUUUGAUGGUAUCUAAUAAGGUGUGCUUGUUUCUCUUCGUUAUAUUGUGUGUGGA